AUGGGUACGAGAAGGUGGACGAGAGCGAGAAAUGGAAGUGGCUGGCAGCCUUUUCCCUCGUCUUUCACCUGCCCAGCCUCUCCAUCUGCUCCCGCCCUUCAGCAAAAUCUCAGGGCUCUGAGGAGGUCAGCAGGAGUCUGGCCACCUCUUCGUGCGCCCCCAGGAGCCAGACUCCAGCUCGCAGGCAGUAGGCUGGCAUUUGGACGGUGUCUCCCGCUGGAACCCCACCCCUUCCCACCUCCUCGCCCCACUCCGCUCUCUCCCGAGCCGUCAGUCUCUCCAUUUCCCCCCUCCCGGUCUCGUCCUUCCUCCCGCCCCGCUCGCUCUCCCGCCCUUCGCUUUCAUCCUCCUAUCCCCACCUCUCCAACCUCCUCUUUCAUCCCCCUCCCCUCUCCUCUCCUCCCCGCUCCCGCCUGCCCCACCCCUGGGAAGCCCCUCCCGUCGGGCAGCGCCGCCUUAAAAGCGGGUUCCCUUCCCGGGGGCGGCAGCGGCUGGUCGGCGGCAGCUCUGCUGGUGCGGGGGCGGCGAGCAAGACCGAGCGACCGCGACCGGAGCUCGCCGGCCACCGCCCGCAUCGCCCUCCCGCCCGCCCUCCGGACGGCCGCAGCCCUGCGGGUCUCAGCUCGGGACCCACCCCCGCCCCACCCCGCGCGCCUCUGCCGCCUCUUGCAGCGAGCCAGCUCGCCGAGCGGCCGUCGCUGCCGCUGCCGCCGCCGCCACCGCGCCAAGUUCCGGCCGCGGCCACCCUCCGCCGUCCAGGGCCCCUCCGCCUCGGCCCCGGGACCCCGGCUCCCCGCCAGCCCCGGCCCCGGCACCAUGUCGGAGAAGAGCGUGGAGGCAGCGGCCGAGCUGAGCGCCAAGGACCUGAAGGAAAAGAAGGAGAAAGUGGAGGAGAAGGCCGGCCGGAAAGAACGAAAGAAAGAAGUAGUGGAGGAGGAGGAGAAUGGAGCUGAGGAGGAGGAAGAAGAAACUGCUGAGGACGGAGAGGACGAUGAUGAAGGGGAUGAAGAAGAUGAGGAAGAAGAGGAGGAGGAGGAUGAAGGCCCCGUGCGGAAGAGAACUGCUGAAGAGGAGGAUGAAGCUGAUCCCAAGAGGCAGAAGACAGAAAAUGGGGCUUCGGCAUGAGCCCCUGUCAGUGGGCUUGGGGAUGGGAGGCCCCUCAGGUCCUGGAGGCAGGGCAGGAACACACAAGUCCAGCCCGCCUUCUCCUGGCUCCCUGCUCUGGCCCUGCCCCAGAGCUGUGACCCUUGUCCUUCCACCCAGCCUCUCUUUUCCAUCUCUCCAGACACUGCUCCUCCACCCUCACUGCCGUCGGUCCAGCUCCUGACCCGCCUCAUCUGAGCUCCCCAGCCGGCCCUCACUUGCCCUUGCAUUCCUUGUUUUUCCCUGCCUUCCCACACCAUCCCAUCUGUUCCAGUCCUUGCGAAGCCUCUCCUCACUCUCUGCGCCCCCAGUCUCUCAGCCUGCCCUUCUCUCUCCUGCCUGACCCCUGGGUCUCCCUCAGAUUCCUUCCUCUCAGACAGCGCCAGGCCGGGGUGGGGCUGGGGUUGGGGCCAAGCCCCGAAGCUGCCCCCUCCCCUUUUUGUAUAAUUUAAUAAAGAAAUGGUCGCGCUUCUGUUUUUAA